GUAAGCGUGCUGUACAGCCGGGAUUUCAAAGGUUGCGCUUCGCUAACCUUUUGACUGUAUCGAUUUUCCCCUUAACUUGACUUGACGAAAGUGUUUAAGUGGGGCUUUUGAAGUUGAUGAGAUAAGCCUUAACAUGCCAACUUACUUAUUAUUGUCAUCGUUUUUCGUGUUUUUGUUCAUCAACUAAUCUUUCAUCUAUGAUUAAACAUAUUUAUCGAAGCAAUAAAAUGCUUUUCGGUUCAAUGCAUCAGGCUUAUCGUUUUCUAUCAUCUCAAACACAUUAUGAUGUAUUAGGAGUGAAAAAAUCAGCUAGUCCCAGUGAAAUUCGUUCAGCUUUUAUUGAACUAUCAAAAAAGUAUCAUCCGGAUAAAUAUCAUGGUGAUAGUGAAAUGUUCAAAAGGAUAAAUGAAGCUUAUUCUGUUCUAUCACAAGAGAAAACUAGACGGAUAUAUGAUGCCACUUUAACAUCGUCUAGUGGUAAACCAUCACCGUAUUAUAAUUAUAAUAAUCCAUCGAGUGAUUAUGAUGAUAGAACAACUGGGGCGUAUGAAUAUAUUUUACGUAGGCGUAAUAUGGAUUAUCGAAAACGAGCAGUAAAUGAUCAAGAAGACCUAAGGAUAGUAAAAUUGAUUGUAAUUUCGUCAAUGCUAAUGGCAUUUUUCACCUAUAUGAUUUCUAUGUACACAUUUCUUCGAAACAGACGAUAUGCUGAUUGGCGUUUUCGAGCGUAUUUCGAACAAAAUAUGCCUAGAAAUCAUCAUUUACAACAGAAGAAAUCAGAAAAAGAAGAGGAUCAUAGAGAUGGAAAAUGAUAUUAGUCAAUUUCUGCAUCAGAUACACACAUCUGCUCAAUCUCUUAUCUUACUGCAUAUUUUUUUUCAUCAUAGAAACUGUUUGUUUUCUUUAGAUUAUUUUUUUGUUCAUAAUUUUAUUUCACCCACCGGCAUGUGAAAUGUAGUCUGUAAUUAUUAUCAAAAAAGAAAAAAAUAUUACUUGCAGCUGCCACUUUUUAAAACACUUUGUCUAUCUUUUUUCUUUACGAAAUCACUGAAAUUGUUUGCAAGUUAAUGUUUUGAAAAUAAACAACUUGCUCUGCC